AUGUCACAGUACUCGGAGUCGCCGCGGGUUUCCGAGAACUCGGCCACCGCCGGCAACGGGUCAGCGAACCAGACCAACGCGGCACGGACCUCUGUCGGCGCCGCUGGUGGCGGCGACGGGUCACAGCAGCCGGGCCACAAGCGUGUCUACCAGGCAUGCAUCCCUUGCCGCCGCCGCAAGGUCCGCUGCGACCUCGGCUCCGUCGACAACCCGCACGACCCGCCCUGCGUCCGCUGCCGCCGCGAGUCCAAGGAGUGCUUCUUCAGUGCUACCCGCCGCAAGCGCAAGGGCGAGGAAGGCUACGACGAGUCCGGCACCGGCGCCGGCGAGGACGAAUAUGUCAUCCGCAAUGGCCGCAAGCGCCUGCGCUCCGAGAUCAGCGGGAACAGCCCGCCGCCGCCCGGCUCCAUCGACAGGCGGCUCUACAACGAUGUGCCGCUGACGCCCGGCGGUAGCAUGGGCCGGUCGCAGCCCCUGCGGCGACCGGGCGAGGGACGUGGCUCGAGGGGCGGCGUCGAGUUUGCCGAGGAGGCCAAUGUGCCGCUGGAGAACCUGGAGGCUAGGACGGUGAUGAGGCGGGAGCUCUACGGCCCCCAUGAUGCGCUGGAUCUGCUCUAUAAGGCAGCUACAGAUAGUCCUCAUGGAGAUGCUGCCAACCCGACCUCUGCAUCGCAGGCCAAUGGAAUCCACGGUCGAUCACAGAGCCAUAGUUCUCGCAGGCCGGACCAAGUACUCAGCGGUGUGCUCUCCGGUGUUCCGACAGCGCUCCCUGUCGGAAGCGCAGAUGGACAGCCGAUCGAUCCUGAAUUGACCAAGAAAGAAGAGACUGGCGAUCCAGGCUAUACUUCUGCUCUUCGAGCCUGGGCCAGGUUCCGCUUUGUGCGAGCCGGCUGGUUCACCGCGCAGGAAGCUAUCGAGUACAUUAACUACUACUACACUUACUUGUCGCCCUUGACACCUAUAUCGCCACCAACCUUCCACAACCCUGCGGCUCAUGUCACCCUGCUGAGCGAAGAGCCUAUCCUUGCCGUCACUCUACUUACCAUCGCCUCACGCUAUCGAACCAUACCCGGUCCCGGUGGCCACUGUAGGUCUCACGCCAUCCAUGAACAGCUGUGGACGUACCUGCGAGGCAUGAUCGAAAGGGUCAUUUGGGGACAGGAGUCUUUUGGCGGUGGCUUCUGUGGCUCAGGGCUCGAUGAGUCGGAGAGCUCAAGCACUGCGCCGUGGCGUGGGCUACGAAGGGGUAGUCUGCGGACGCUGGGCACUAUUGAGUCGCUGCUGAUCCUGACCGAGUGGCACCCUCGGGCUCUGCAUUUCCCACCGGAUGCCAUGGAUGAGCUCCUCCUCCCCUCGAUGGACCCUCGCGACAACCCGGCGAACGGUGAUCCAGACCAGCGCCCACCAGGUGUCAACGGCCGCAGGAUCGAGGGCUGGCUGGAGCCUGCAUGGAGGAGCGACCGCAUGUGCUGGAUGCUGUUGAGCGCCGGUAUGGCUUUGGCUUACGAACUUGGCGUGUUUGAUGACAUUGACGAACUGCUGGCCACUGGCUAUAUCUUCCGUCCGGAGUAUGAGGAUGAGACGUACCGGCUGCGGGCCUACCGCAUCAAGCGCCUCCUGCUAAUCUACGCGACCCAGCUGGCUGGCCGCCUAGGCUGGACCAACAUGGUACCAGAAAGUCUUCGAGUGAGCGACCCAGCCUUCUCGCGACGGCGUCCAACAGCGCCCGAUGGCACCACACCGGGCACGAACAUCUCAUCCUUGUCAAACAACUUCAACUAUAUACCCGACCUGGAGCUGGACGACCAGAUCAUCCACUGCUGGGCUGGAAUCAGCAAUGCCAUGCACCUCGGGAACGUCAAGAUUUUUCGGUCACGCAGACAUACGACAGAAAUUAUCCAGAGUGGCAAGUAUGUCGAGAUUCUCAAGGACUUCCAGCCGCUGCUGGCCGACUGGUUCAAGGAGUUUGAACUUUUUAAGCUACCGACAUUUAUCCGCCAUAUCCUCACCAUCGAAUACGAGUAUGUCCGUAUCUACAUCAACUCUCUCUCUCUCCAAGCGGUCGUCGAGCGCUGCACGAGCAACGCGGGCAACUCUAUCAUCGGCAACAUCACUGCAGGCUCGGCCGGUCCUCUGUUGUCGCCGCAGACGCAGAAUUACUACGGCAAACUUCCCCUGGGCCAACUCGGCGGUUUCAGUGCAAAGGACCAGGAAUAUGUCAAGACUGUCGUUGACGCUUGUAGGAGCCUACUGCGCACUGUCGUUGAUGGCUUGCUCCCUGGCGAUUUUCUCAAGCACUGCCCAGUUCGGACUUACUUCCGGAUCAUUAGCGGUGCCAUGUUCCUGCUCAAGACAUUCGCUCUCGGCGCUCCUAAGUCGGAUGUCGAGACCUCCAUCACUUUAAUGGAUCGAACCGUCGAUGCUUUGCGGAAUUGCGUUGUGGAUGAUGUGCACCUUGGCAUCCGCUUUGCUGAUCUGCUGGAGAGCCUGAUGAGCAGGCUACGAAACAGGUUCAUCCAUGCACCUCCUCCGCUGGCAUCGGGAGAUAGAAGCCCCCAUACCGGACCUGCAGAACCUCUUCUGCCUGGUCAGACCUUGCAGCAUGCCGGCGGACCCGAGGGGCUAUGGGCCAAGACGCCUGGUCCUGAGCGUACGGCGACUCCCGUCAACGUCUCGGCCACGCCUUUCGACCUGAGCACGGGCAAUUUCCCGUUCCCGACGGGCUCGGCCUCGAUGUUUGGGCCCUCGACGCCCGCGGCGGCCAACGCGGCGGCGGCCGUCGACGCGGCCACGGCUCUGCCCGAGAACAUGUUUGGCGACGCGUCGGACUGGAACAACAACGAGAUGUGGUACCUGCCGACGGGCGCCGCCUUCUUCCAGAACAUGGGCGGCGACGCGUCGGUCGCCAUGACGGCCGAGGGCGUCAACAUUGCCGGCAUGGACCUGCUCGACUACAUGACCAUGGACCAGCCGCAUCUGAGCCUCGAGGGUUCUGGGUUCUGA